AUGGCGGUGGCCGGCGCGGGGCGAGGGGCGGUGGUGGAGCUGUGGGGGGUGCUGCUGCCUCCGCGGCGGGCGGCGGCGGGCUCGGAGGAGGACACCGAGGAUGAGGCCGAGGAAGAGUCGUACUUGGAGGAGGCUGCGCUCCUGGAGGUGUCCGGGUCGGAGCUUGCGGCCGCGCUGCCCCCGCGCCGAGCCGUUGUUAUACAAGAAGACAACUCCAAAAAGGAGUAUGAAGUAGUUGGACGCUUUCCAUUAGUUGACCCUUGGUGGAGAGUUAAUGUUAAAGCUAAAAAAAUGGGGUCGAAGUACUUUGUGCAAGGAUAUCCAUCAUAUUUUCUGCGGACUGAUAUAGAAGAAAACAACCGACAAGUCUUUUCACUCUUUCUUAAGGAAUGUGCUGUUCCUGAGGAUUUUAAAAAAAAGUUUUUUACUUGGCUUCCUAUGGAGUCUAUGCUGAGUUUCAGAAAUCUUGAAGAAAAACUAAAACAGUUCCAAGUUUCCCACUUACAGACAGGGAAGAAACAAAGAGACACCAAGGAUUAUGACAUCUUCUACUAUGUUUCGAAAUCAUUUGCAGGAAAGGCAGUAUUGGUAGCUCUGACUUUUCCAAUGAUACUGGAAUUCUUGCCUAUUCUUCUGCCACGCCAUUUUUGCUCUCUGUUGGAUAUGGUGUGUUGGCAAAGAAAGACUGAAGAAAACAAUGGUAUGGAUGGUGAGGAAGUACAUUUUCAAGACAAGAUGCUAACAAAGUUGGAUGAGAUAUUAAAGAAUGAGCCAUGGAAACUUGGAUUCAGCAGGAUCACCUAUAGGGAACUGAACCUUUCUUACUGUGAGGCAACGUGGGCCGCCUUCUGUCAGUGUGAACGUCUCCUCUGGAAGACUCCUGACUUGCAGAAGAAUGCAUUAAUUCUGUAUGAUCAACUCAAGAAACAGUGUAGAGAAAUGGGACACACUUACGAAGAUCAAGAUGAAUUAGCUCGUUUUGUAUCUAAAGAUAUGUCCAUUGAGCAUGCUUGGCAAUCUCUUGAAUUUUUGAAAGAUCAGAAUGUAGUGAUUAGGGAGAAAAAGCUAGUGUUUCUGCCUCAUCUUUACAAAUCUGAAAAAGAUAUUGCAAUGUAUAUAGGUGGCCUUCUGUCAAACCACUCAUGGCAACUGGAUGUUGAUGUGAGAAAGAUACUUAACAUUUCUGAGACAUCAAGAGAAAUGGUAGAUAACAAAAUGAAUGUUACCCAGGCUCAUGAAAUGGAACAUCUGAAGGAAAAUAGUCCAGACAAUCAUAACUGUGAAAAUCACUUUCCUGAAAAGGAAGUGGCGUCUAUGUCUGGUAUCCAAAGUAAAGCAAAGGUAGACUUAGACCAGGUGAUUGCUAUGGAAAAGAUCUGUUCUAAUCCUGUCACAAUCAUAAGUGGAAAAGGAGGCUCUGGGAAGAGUACAAUAGUUAGCUGCCUUUUUCGUCACUUAAAGCAGAUGGAAAAAGAAGUGGAAGCUGCUUCUAAGGACUUUGAAGAAGACCUGGAUGCAUCUGAGGAAUGGAAUACCUUUGAUCAUCAUUGGGAGUCAGAAAAUAUGUACAGAAAAAAAUUUUUGAAUGUACUAUUUACUGCACCUACAGGGAGGGCGGCAAGCCUUUUGAGUGAAAAAACUAAGCUUCCUGCAUAUACACUGCAUCAGAUCAUCUAUAGUUUUAAAUUGUGGAGGCAGACUGAACAAGUACAGCCAUGGAAGUUUUCUACUGUGACGAUUCUGAUUGUGGAUGAAGGAAGUUUGGUGUCUGUACAUGUUCUUAGUUUAGUUUUAAAGCUCUUGUGUGAGCAUGGUCAGCUUGCCAAACUUAUUAUUCUAGGUGAUACUGGACAGCUACCAAGCAUAGACCCAGGAAACAUGUUAGCUGAUAUCUUUGAGGGUCUAAAAUCAAGAGGCUUUUCUGUGGAACUGCGAACUAAUCACAGAGCUGAAUCGCAGCUAAUUGUAGAUAAUGCAUCAAGAAUCUCUCACCGGAAGCUUCCUGAAUUUGAUGAGGUGCUGACGGUUUCUGGUUGGAAUGAGGAAAUGGCAAUGCCAAGCCCAGAGAAGAAAUUCAUUCUUAUUGCUUUGCCUCCUGGUGGGGGUUGUGACAAUUUGCAAACUGCCAUAAAGACUUUACUUAAAAAAGGACCAGGAUUGCAGGAUGCCAAACAAUCGCAGUUCAUUGCUUUUAGAAGGCAAGAUUGCGAUCUAAUAAAUGAACUUUGUUGCCAGCACUAUUCAAAUCAUGUAACCAGAGACCAUAAAAACAGACUUUCAUUUCAAAUUGAUGACAAGAUUUCCUGCAUGCGGAAUACAUAUCUCAAGGAUCUCUUGCCAGACCGUGGUUUCAGAGAGGAUCCUAAUCGCCUUGAAUGCAGAAGUGGAGAAACCACCCUGACUAGAGAGACUGCUGAGGAGGGCAAACGACUAUGCAAUGGAGAUAUAUUUUUCAUAACAGGGGAUGUAGAAAUUGAUAAACAGCGCUUAUUGACCAUCAGCAGCACAUAUGGCUCCACAUUCACUGUCAAGUAUAAGGCACUGAAGAAGCUAUGUCAUAUAAAACAUGCAUGGGCCAGAACGAUUCACACAUUUCAGGGUUCUGAGGAAAAAACUAUUGUCUAUGUCGUUGGCAAUCCUGGCCGUCAGCACUGGCAGCAUGUGUACACAGCCGUGACCAGAGGACGCUGCCGUGUCUAUGUUCUAGCUGAAGAGAUGCACCUCAGGAGAGCAGUCACCAACAAGAACAUGCCCAGAAAAACUCGCUUACAGAGAUUUUUGAGAGAGGCAAUCGCAGAAACAAACAACUGUCCCAAACAAAUUUCCUCUCCCCUGACAAAGAGCUGGCAAAGUCAGGAGCUUGAGACUCGGUCUGUUUCGGCAACUGAAGGUGCUCCUGACCCAUCUGAACCUCCGACUGCCUUGAUUAAGCAGGAAGGGUCAGCAGUUCUCAGUAAAGAAGAGCAGAUGGGCAAUUUGCAGCGAAGUCCAUGUAAAAGACAACAAAGUCUUGCAGAGAACUCUGAGGAUGCUACGAAAGUACCCUCUACACUACAAGAUUCCCCACUUGGGUCUUCCAGACUUAAGAAUCUAACUUUGGGACAACCAACGCCUAGGAAGCUUUUCAAAAGCUAACAAACAAUUAACUGCCCUCGUUACCAACCUUUCUUGAACCUGUUUUGUUCCAGAUUUUUGAACAGAAAAGCUGGGUAUGCAGACAGUUUUCAAAAGCUUUCCGGUAUUUGCAUGUUCUGUGAAGAACAGCUUGUUUUAAAGUAAGCCUUUUAUAUUUUCAGUGAUCUGUUUUUAGUAGGAGAUUCCUUGGUGUGUCAGUCAUCAAAAAUAGUAUCAUUCUUUUCUUUUGGUGAAGAAUGAACUUACAGGUCUUAUGGGAUCCAGAUGUUCCUUUAAAAAAUGCAUGGGGAUUUCUAGGUGUAAAGAUUGUAGCCGUCCAUACCAAGAUUUAUUUAUCCAUCUCCUAAUGCUACAGAAUUGAUGAGAAGCUCUUACUGAUGUGCCAAAACUGCAGUUUGCUCUUGAGUCAAAAAAUAAAUAGUUUACAAAGGGGACUUCAGAUUUUUCUAAUGUGGCAGAAUUAUGGGCACGAAGCUUUGAUGGAUUAUGGAGUUUAAUCUUGUUAUAAAUAGAACAAGAAAGUUGCAAUCAGUGACACAGAAAACUUUUUUCCCACUUUGUACUUGAAAGAGAUGUAGAACUUGCCUUUGCUGCUUUAGCUAAUAGUUAUAUGCUGAUAAUGAUCUUGGUAAGUAAGAAAAGCAAAAUUCCAAGUCAGAGUUCAAAUAACAUUCCACUUUCAACCUUUUUUUGUGUACUACGUGGCUUGCUGCAUUGUAGUUUUCGAGAUUAAUAAGCUGAACGUUUAAUCAAACAUAAGACAAAUUGUACUAAAAUUUGGACGGCUUGCUUACUUUAUCAAUUUUUUUUUUUUACACAUGGCAGGAAAAAGUGUACCAUAUAUACGGUAUUUUUUGCUAAAACUGUAGAAAAAAAGAUGUGAAAAAUAAAUG